GGUCAAUCUCUUCGUAAAAAGACCAUUCUGUACUCUUCAUGAGACUAUAAACGUGCCUUUGUGCACGAUAGCAAGGGUAACCUAAUAUAAUGGCCUGUUGAGACAGCAAUAAUUUUAACAAUCUCAGAACAGGACUCUGUUCUUGUAAAUUGAUUUUCAAAAUGCGUCGCAGAGUGACAGGUACAGUGUUGGAUAUGCUGGGCUGUGGUGGUGGUGGUAGUGGUACUAUCACGAGCCCGAGGGUGAGCAGGCUUUUGCUUGCCCCCAUCACGAAAACAAUCACCCCCACCUCGACAGACAGCGAAAGAUUUCGUUCUACAUCUUCAAUACAGGGAUAUACAGAACUGGCACGAGAGAGGUCCAAAACCGUUACGUCGUUUUACAACCAGUCUGCAAUCGAUGUCUCCGCAGAAAAGGCCUCAGUCCGACUGACACCAGCCACCUUGCUCUACGCUGGGAAGUCUCCGGAUGGACACCACAUCCUGAGCAGUGCCAAGUACCUGCACAAGGAGUUGCCUGUGCGAAUCGCCCACCGUAUCAAGGGCUUCCGCAGCCUGCCCUUCAUCAUUGGCUGCAACCCCACCAUCCUGCAAGUGCAUGAGCUCUACAUUCGAGCCUACCACGUGUUGAGCGACUUCCCAGCAAUCAAGGACCAGGAGAUGGAGGCUCGCUACAGUAAGCUGGUGCAGCAGCUCCUGGACGACCACAAGGACGUAGUCACUCUGCUGGCCGAAGGCUUCAGGGAGUGUCGGAGGCACAUUCAGGAUGAGACCCUGGUCCGUAACUUCCUGGACACCACCCUCACCUCCCGCCUGGGGAUCCGGAUGUUGGCCACACACCAUCUUGCCCUGCAUGAAGAAAACCCUGAUUUUGUGGGCAUCAUCUGCAGGCGACUUUCCCCCAAAAAGAUAAUUGAGAAAUGGGUUGAUUUUGCAAGGCGUCUGUGUGAACACCAGUACGGUAACUCCCCGCGGGUGCGUAUCAACGGCCAUGUGGCGGCCCGCUUCCCCUUCAUCCCUCUGCCCCUAGACUACAUCCUGCCAGAGCUGCUGAAGAACGCCAUGAGGGCCACCAUGGAAAGCCACCUCGACACGCCUUACAAUGUACCUGAUGUCGGAGUCACCAUCGCCAACAACGACGUGGACUUUAUCAUCAGGAUCUCAGACCGUGGCGGUGGAAUCCCCCACAGGAUCCUGGACAAGGUGACAGACUACCAUUACAGCACAGCUGAAGAGAGCAACCAAGACCCUCGCAUGAACAACCUCUUCAACACCAUGACCAACAGCGGCCCUCAGUCCGGCCCCAUGCACGGGUUUGGCUUCGGGCUGCCCACCUCCCGGGCGUACGCCGAGUACCUGGGUGGCUCCCUAUCCAUCCAGUCCAUGCAGGGCAUCGGCACCGAUGUCUACCUGCGCCUGCGCCACAUAGACGGCAAGGGAGAGAGCUUCCGCGUCUAAGAUCACUUGCUGCUUAGCCCUGGAGACCAUGGGGAGGGGGUGGCGAUACAGUGAGUACAGAGGGCCUCAGCCAUUUCAACAUUAGCCUGGACUAGUCUACAGUGAUAUAAGUUGCCAGUUGGCUCCUCACAACUCACCUCUACAAGUUUCCUUUUUUCGCCUCAAGACAUUAAAUGGGCUAAGAUGGUGGCCGAGUUGGCGGCUUGGCGCUCUCACCUUUUUUUGUUUUGCAUUUCCCUGUGUCGCCCAUCUUUUCAGCAUUGUGAGUUUUUUAAAACUCUUGAGCAUACAAGUCAUAAACAGAGCAUGCAUGGUGGUUAAUGUUGAUGUUGUUACUGUGGUAGAAAGGAAAUGGAAAAAAACUUCAGCCUUAAAGAAGUUAAUUUGAUCUGCCUGUAAGUUACUGGUGUUGCAUAUAGCCUCUGCAAAUCUAAAGAGACUAAAGAAGCAGGGAAGAGAGGUCUCUAUUUACACACUCCAGUGGCUACUAUCGGAGUUUGGAUGAAGCUGCCCUCAAAGACCUUCUCUUGAAUCGCUUGUGGAGGACACCAUGGAGGAAACUGCCAAAACACCAGUCGAACAACACUUGUGAAUUGAUUUGAAGAAAAAAAGCAGAAAGAACUGUUCAGUAAACUCUUGGUUCAGCGCCAUUUUGUCAAGCGCUCAGGCAAGGUCACGAGUAGAUGUUCAGUUGCCUUACUGUGUGUGUGAUGCUGGUCCCUACGACGACGUGUUAACUUAACCAUUAACACUGUUCAAUAUGAUCUUUAUCUGCAAUGCAAUUUCACACUCGUAUCACGUUAGUCAAUCUAAUAUAGAAUGAUUAUAAAUACUUUUUUUUGGGGGGGGGGGGGUCGCUCAUCACUUGCUGUGUCAUAAAAUACCUGUACUAAAGUUUUUUUUGUUUGUUUUUGUUGUUUUUUUGCUUUCAAUACACUGGAAGAAGUAAUGUUUAUAUUCAUGUUUUGCUUAUUUAUCUGCAGAGAAAGUGUUAAAUAAGUCAAUAUUUCAGAAGUUGCUAAUUUUCUUUUGAAGGCAUUUGUUACUGAACACAUUCCCAGAAGGGUCAAUAUGUUUUAUCAAACUUUUGAUACCUUACUUUGAGUAUGGUGGACAUUUAAUGUGCAUGAAUUAUCCAGAUAUAUAACUUCACCUGCUGGCAUAAGAAUGCUGGGAAUUGGCAUUUAAAUCCUUAAAAGUAUACACAUCAGUGAGGAACAUUCGCAACGUUUCACCUCGCUAAAUAUACCUCUGGUGAUUAACAGACGUUCCCUGUGAUUUAUACGUUUUGGGAUGGGACUGGGUAGAGAAUAUUAGGCUCUUUCUAACAUGAGAAUUCCUAUUGGCUAGACUUCAGUCACCUCAUGAAUGAUGUGCCCUGUCCAAAUCUGCCCCCUGCUUGCAAAGAGAUGAAGCCUGACAAAUAAAAAUCAGCAUAAUAGAUUGAGUUAUGACUUGUAUUAGCAGUAAAAAGUUAUGUAUAAUUUAAUGCUCAUUUUACAUGACUUUAUUUUUGGAAGUAUGACUUACUGAAGUGAACUGUCAUCUUUAUUUUAAUUUUUUUUUUGGGGGGGGGACUUUUCUUGAAACAUACUUGUCAUACAGGUUUUGUGUUAAUUUUAUUUUGAUCAACACUGUUUUAUGGUCAUGAAAUGAAGGCUUCCACACCAUAUUAAUGUUUAAUUUCCUUCUUUAAUACUUGGCCAAAUUAUGGAGUGGGGUUACUAGCAGUAUGCACAGGUAUAGAUUACUUUGUCUGAUUUUUUUAUGUCUGUGUAUUUGAACAUUGUCAUUGUUAAUAGUUUUCUUGGGCAUUAUUAAAAUCUCUUCAUGGGUGGAA